AUGUUGGUACAACUUUUACUUUUUACCACAUUGGUAAGGUGCAUUGCCAAUUCUUUGGCACAAAACGAGUACGCCUGCGAACGAUUUAAUACAAGCAGUGAUGAUGGAUGGGAUUGUGGAAUAGUACCUGCUGCGUGCUUAAUUUUGACUACGGUCAAUUAUCGAGUUCCGGAGAAAGAGUUUGCCAUCAAUUUCCGCUGCAACUUACCACCAUUCCGGAACGCACACUCGGAUGAAGUUUUCCGUAAGGUUACUAGCUACCGUAUGGAUGGGAGCAACGCCUGCAGUACGUUUGGGUUUGGACUAGAGUAUUUGAGUUUUCCCGAGCGCAUAAACUCAUUGGUGUUGGACGGGUACUGUUUGCAAACAAUAGGGAACGGUACAUUUCAAGACUUCCAUACAUUAGGCCAGUUGGAGCUAACGGGCUGCAAAAUACAGCACGCUACAAGUGAUGGCUUCCACAGCCUGCCAGUGUUACAGAAACUUGUUAUAGAACAAAGUGUAUUUUUAAAAAUGAAUCGUGACGUGUUUGACAACUUUAAACAAUUAAAAGAGCUUACAAUGGACAACUGCUCGGUGAUCCAUUUUACUGCCGGUGCGUUGGAAAGCAUCGAACGGAUCGUUGUGAAAAACAGCGUUGUGCAUAAUAUAUCCUCAAUAUUUGAUCAUCUUCCAUUGAUGUUAAAAAUCAUACAUUUUGCUGGUGUACAUUCACAACAGAGCUCAAAUCUUGUACUGCGAUCAUCAGAUGCAGGAGAAAGUACAGUGCAUAAUAUUACUGUAGUACAGUGUGAGCUUACUUCGGUUGCUGUGAAAAACAUGCCGCUGUUGGUUUCGUUAAAUUUUUCGAAAAACUCGCUCUCCGAAAGGUCUGUGGAGUUAGUGAAUUUGCCUAGAUUGGUUAGUUUAGUGUUGAACCACAAUGCCUUCGACGCUGUAUCGGAAACGUUCCUCAAGUUUGGUUCUUCUUUAGAAGUGAUUGAUCUUAGCUACAAUCAGAUAUCUUACCUCCAUCCACACGCGCUUGAUGCCGCACUCUCUUUACGCCUGAUGAACCUAUCCCACAACCAGCUUUCGACCAUGCAAAACACAAUACCUGCUGCUCGUCUUGCGCGUAUUGACAUUGAUAGCAAUCCAUGGGAUUGUUCGUGGUUAAAUCGUUGUCGAUUGUUAAAUCCGACGCUCUUCAACAUCUUCCGAUACAACAAACGCUACGAUGUACUGGCCGUGUGGGGUAUACCGUGCUUAUUGCAAACUACUUCAACGGAUCCCAAUUUUCCUCCGUUCCAAAGUGAACCAAACGUAUCGUCUACAUCAGAACCGGUAGUAUCUUAUCCACAGGGGAAACUUUUCUUACAAGGCAACAAAAUAUCUAUAACUUCCCCUCGGUUCACCGUGCCCAAUACAUUAAUGGUGAUAAUAUCGAUAUCGGUUGGUGUACUAGUUUCGAACGUUAUUAUACUGCUUUACAAUCGUUAUCGGAAAAUUAUGCAGCAGCCCUUCUACCGGCUACUAUCCAAGUCGGUUUCUGCUAGAGAUACGGCAACAGAAAAAAGUACUUCCUUUUGGUAUGAAGUUCCCGUUUGUGGUGAGUCAAAUGCAUUGCCGCUGAAUCAUAUUUACGAAGAAAUAUGUGACACUGAAGCACAGCGCGAUAUCUAUGAUGCACUUAACUUCAAUCGGGAUAAGCAACAGCAAUUGGAUAGUGCUAGUUCUAACAGCGAAAGGAAUGGUUCGACGAAGAGUGCACUCGUGCACUCUUCAUCCGGGAAGAAUGAAGCACGCGCCCUCAUGCUUCAGCAUGAAACCCGUCAGAACGUGGAAAACUACAAACGACCGAGGAGACAGCAGGCCCUGCUCUUCCAGGACAAGAAGCGCCCCAUUGAAGAGUUUAUUUCGUCGCAGAAGCUUGAGGAUGUUCCAGAGAAAUUAAAGCUUGAGUUCACAGUUAGCUCUAGUGGAUUCAAAAUGCCCGCGGGUAUCAUCAAAGCUGGGUUGAAGGUGAAUACGGAUAUCUAUUUGGGCAUUUUGAAGGAGAAGUUCAUUCCUUGGAUAGAAAACAACUUCGAUGAGCACCAAUUGGUCAUUUUUUAA